GUAGGUACUGGGAGAAAGAGAGAGAGAGAGAGAGAGUGUGUAAACAGCAUAAAAUCUCACGCAAUCUUCAAUCUCACAUUUUGAUUUCAUUCGCUUACUUGAUUUUGACAGAAAUUUAAUAGAAUGAGCCACGUGUAAUCUAAUAGCGAAUUUUCUCUCUGAAUUAAUAAUCUUUGUGAUAUUACAUAUUUGACAAGUACUUAAGUGUGUGAUAAAAAUGAUUGACGUAACGCCGAAAAAAAUCGAUGAAAGCGUGCUGAAAUUGAUAAACAGCAUUCACUAUGGAGAUAUCAAGGGCACGUAUAACAUCGUAUUGGCUACCAUUUCCGUGCUGAAGGAAAUUAUCAACAAUACAGAAUGGAAUAUAGCAAAAAAUUUAAUGGAUAGUGUCACACUGAAUGGAAAGUAUUUGAUUGAGGCGCUUCCUCUUGAGGCUUCUAUUGGAAAUAUGGUAAGAAGAAUGCUGCAGAUUAUUAGGGAAGAAUAUAUUUCAGAAUUAAAGAAUAAGAUAGAAGAAACAGACCCUCAGGAGUCCUUGCAUAAGAUCCUUACUGCAGAGAGUGAUCAACAAAUAGACUUCAAUACAUCAGUGCCUUCUCUCAAAUCUGCCCUCCUCGAGCACAUUGUUGAAUUUGAAACUGAGUUGGAAACAUGUUUAGAAAAUAUUACAGAGCAAGCCUCAGAGCACAUACAUUCAAACGAAAUUAUAAUGACCAUUGGAAAGUCGAAGUUGGUAGAGGAAUUUUUCAAAAAGGCCGCCAGUAGCAGAGCCUUCGAAGUUAUAGUAGCCGAGGGCGGGCCAUUUUUAAAUGGUCACGAAAUGGCCGUGAAUCUGGCCAAGGCGAAGAUCAAGACUACACUGAUAUCGGAUGUGGCAAUCUUCGCAAUGAUGUCGCGAGUUAACAAGGUCAUAAUCGGCACUCAUACCGUCAUGGCGAACGGUGGACUCAGAGCAAUCUCGGGAGCGCACACAGUCGCGCAAGCCGCCAAGCAUUAUUCCGUUCCAGUUAUGGUUCUGUUACCACUUUACAAGCUCUCACCUCUUUAUCAUUGUUCAUACAAUCAGAAUGGCUUCAACAAGCAUGUUUCACCAAUGCAAGGAGUAAUCGACAGCGCCAAUGCACAGUUACUUGAGAAAAUACACGCAUACAAUCCUGUAUUUGAUUAUGUUCCACCAGAUCUAGUCACAUUAUUUAUUUCAAACACGGGUGGAAAUGCACCAUCUUACAUAUAUAGAUUGCUUAGCGAAUUGUAUCAUCCUGACGAUUAUGAAUUGUAAAUAAUUUACUCAUUUAUGUGUUAUGUAAGCUAGUGUAACCUAAUAUGUAAAUGUUAUUUAUAAAUAUAGUAAUUAUUUUUAAAUAAAUAGAAAUCAACAUUUA